AUGGUAUUCAUUCUAUGCUUGUUGGCUGGAUGCAGCAUCUGCUGGUUCAACACAGUCUGCUAUGUUCUAUGCAUCAAACACUUCCAAGCGAACCGGGCACUUGCAUUGUCCCUCACAGUCAGUUUCAAUGGGGUAAGUGCAGCCCUCUACACCCUCAUUGCCAAUGCAAUAAACCCAAAUGAUGACACCAUCUACCUCUUCCUCAAUGCUCUAGUACCUCUCUUCACAUCCGGUGUUGCUCUCAUCCCCGUACUCCGCCAUCCGCCGAUUCAGUCACUUCCUGCUGAUGCCACUCGCCGUGACUCCAUCAUUUUUCUUUGCCUAAACAUCCUAGCUGUGAUCACAGGCCUAUAUCUACUCCUCCUCAACUCCCUAUCCUCUCAUGUAUCGAAAGUUUGGAUGCUCUUAGUUGGUGCUCUUUUUCUCCUGAUCCUACCUUUGUGUCUGCCUGGCAUUGCAUAUGCUCGUGAGUGGGCUCGUAGGAACUUCCCCUCAAGGUUCCCUUCGGACAACUCAUCUACCUUCAAUUUGGGAUUGGGAUAA